UCUAGUAACAAAACAGUAAAAAAUAAUUACUACGUUGUAAUGGUAAAUAAGAAGUUUGAACCUGGCCUAAAUAAGAAGUUGAAGCCUGGCCGUUUGAUAUAUUUAGAGAAAAUCGCGUAAUUUUUUAGGGUUUUGCAAUUAAAGCUUAUGUAAAGAUUCUAGGAUUCGGAACAUAAAACUCUAUGAUUAAGAGUUCAAAAAAUUCAUUACAGAAGGAUGAAUUAAAAAGAUCAAGAAGUUCUGUGUCAUAUAAAUCUAAAAGGACAAGUUAAAAACACUUGUGUAUAAACAAAGUAAACACAAGUAUGAAAAGAAAUUAUAGAACACAAAGUGCCAGAAAGGAUCGUCAAGAUAAUUCGCUGAUCACGAUCUCUCCAACAGGAAGCCAUUUUCAUGCCACCUGUUUACAUAUAGCUUUAAAUAACAGAAGGAUUGCUCGAGAGAGAGAGAAAAAAAACAGCGUUUCUCUUAUAGUUUAUUGCUCAUAAUGUCACAUUGGCUGUGUUUCUAAACGACUUGCAAAUAAUUCCUGAUCUUUGUGAAUGAUGUUCUGUUGUCUAAGAAAUUGCUUUGAUGGCCUCGGCUUCGCUACGACUCAAGCACCGAAGCGAGAACGAAAUCCUAUUAUCUUGGAUACGACUCAUAUGGGAAAUGAAGUAGUGAUAGUGAAAAAUGGAUUAAGAAUAUGUGGAAGCGGAGGUGCCUUGACGAAUGCUCCUCUUAUUCAGAGUAAAAGUUAUUUUGAAGUAAAAGUACAGCAGAACGGUAUAUGGGGCGUUGGAUUAGCCAGAAGAGACACAAAUCUCAAUGUUGCUGUUGGAGGGAAGGACUCAGAAAGUUGGGCGCUUGAUUCUGAUGGUAUCAUAAGGCACAAUGAGCAAGAACUCCAUAAGAUUCAGAAUCCUGUACAGGAAGGAGAUGUCAUAGGAGUAUCUUAUGACCACAUAGAAUUGAAUUUUUAUUUGAAUGGAGAAUCCAUGAAUGCUCCAAUUAUAGGUAUAAAAGGACGGAUUUAUCCAGUGUUAUAUGUGGAUGAUGGAGCUAUUCUAGAUUUAAUUCUAGAAAACUUUAUUUAUACUCCGCCAGUGGGUUUUGAGAAAAUAAUGUUGGAACAAUCAUUGCUCUAGCAGAGCGAUACCGAUAAAAAUAAAAUAAUCGUAUUAUCAAAGCUGACGUUCUUCGUCCACUUUGAGUUUUGUUAAAUUGAGUUAAAUUAAAUGUUGUGAAUGUUAAGGCUGACUAAUUAUCGCAGUCAUAUUGAACAUAAUGUCAUAACACAAAAGACAUAUUGAAAUUUCUUGCAUUUCAUUUGCAAAUAAAGAGAGAUUGGAUAAAACAACAUUAAAAAUCAUUUUAAGACACUUAUAGAAAUUGGCGGAAACGGAAGUGAGCGGCAAGAAUUCUACUGCAGUUUCUUAUGAUAAAAAGAUGAACUAACAGGUAUGAAAAGUUACAUUUUGGCAACAAAAUAUUUUAUUGUACAUUAUUUCAUUAUAAUCAGAUGUGACUCGUGUUGUACUAACCAAAUUCGUAAAAAUGAACGGCAGCUAAAGUUACUUUUGAAUUUUAUACGUAAAAGCAUAUUUUUCGUUUCUUUCAAUAGCUGUUAAACCGUGUGUUUUUCUAUUUGAAUAGGUUUUUCUGUUUCAUUUCAUAUAACUUUUAUGGCUAUUUAUUAACUGUCAAGAAAAGAAAGGAUAAUAGUCAUUUUCACAAGUAUCUUAAAACCAUCUCAAAUACUGUUUUAUUCAAAUCUCUUUUUGCAAAUAAUAUGUAAUAAAUUUCACUGUGUUAUUUCUCGCUUAUGACGUUACGAUUUCAAUAUGUCCAUGGCAACUAGUAAGGAGUCUUAAAGUUAAAGAUGAUACAAAUUGUAAGCAGGAAACUAUAUACAAAGGAAAACGAUAUAGCAUUAAGAAACGAUGUCAUAAAGUAUAAACGUUUGUCAUUGUAUGAUCAUCGUAUGAUAAUAUUGAAUAUAUUUAACCAAAUAGCGUAGAGUUAAUAAUUUGCCUAAUGAUAUGAGAAUCUAUUUUUUGAUCUAUUCUCCAGAAGAAAGGAAAACGGGAGCGUCCCGUUUGACCACGUUGCGAUCGGACAGCUGCUUUCAACGAUCGAUGCCUGGAGAUUUUCCACUGGAUUAAUCAAUCAAAAAAUUUUAUUUUAAAUUGGCCAAUCGACAACGUGAGCAAUCAAACGCUACCCAUAAUGAAGUAGAUUUUACAUAACUGAGAAAAAAUUCUUUAGAAUUUAUUAAAAGACAGCAUUAAUUGUUCAAAUGAAUUAGUCAUUCCUAAUCCGAUGUCUAUUUUACAAUAAUUGCAAUACGUAUUUUUAUUUGUAUAAUUGUAAUGAUAGAUACAAAUAUGUAUAUACAAUUUGUAAUAUAUACUAUUUGAAUGUGUGUACGCGCGUUCGAAA